AUGCCUCGACCGCUCGCCUGGAACACCCUCACCCCAAGUAUGCCCCGUUCGGACGCCGAUAUGCUGUUGGAUACGCUUAAAGCGUUCUCCAUUGCCUGGAGUGACGUCGGCCAGUGCAAUGUCUGCGCUGACGCAGCUCCGCACGCAAUGCGGACGCAGCUACUACGCUGCAGAUGCGACGCCUGCUCGGCAGCAGCACCAGCAACACUGUGCCCGUGGCGUGGGUGUGUUCGAGCCUGCCAGGAGCACGAUGUGGUGGCCAUCGACGAGCUGUACUUGCAUGUCACCCAUGUGCGGUCCCUCACCAGGCCUCGUCUCACGCCGUCGAUGAAGGAGCUCGCCCGAGACUGGGCCGCGCAGGGGCUACGCCCUGCCCGAAUUUGGAGAGCGCUUAUCCAGCGCUUUGGGCUCGAUGAGGAGACUGUACCACCGCUUUCUGCCGUCCAGCGCUUCGUAUAUCACCAUGUUACGACAACGCUGGGUGGCAGUGACCGGAUGGGCGCUAUUCGCCUGAAACUACGCAAGACAGGCUUCACGAACCGCGAAGAAGACAAUGCAGCGUUCACGUUCACGUGGAGGACUGAUAGGGAUGACAGACCAAUGGUUGGAAAUGGGAGUGAUGCUCGCCCUUUUGUGGUAGGAGUUACCACGAAGAAACUGUUACGUCAAGCUGACCGUGAUCCCGACUCUUUUAUUCUGCACGUGGAUGCCACAUACAAGCUCACGCAGACUGGCUACCCAGUUAUUGUAAUUGGGAUCUCGGAUCGUGCGAGAAAGUUUCACCUACUUGCAAUUUUUAUAGCAUCUCAGCAGCAGCAACCUCAGUAUGCAGAGAUCCUGUCAAUGCUGUCAAAGGUAUUUUGUGAAGUGACCGGUAGGCCUCUCCGCGUUCAUUUUGCAAUGGGAGAUGCCGAUAGUGCGCAAUGGAAUGCGCUCUAUGAAAGCUUCGGAGGAGACGGCAGCCCGUAUAAGUUUCUGAUGUGCUAUUUCCAUGUGGCUAAAAAGAUCUACGAGAAGACUCGAUCCUUUGACACCAACGUUGCUGCGAUGGUCAUGCGUGAUCUGCACGAGCUGCACUUCUCCAGGAGCGACUCGGAAUUUCAAGAGCGCAAGGCAGAGGUUUUAGGCAAAUGGGAAGGCUACACUCAGCUGCGCAAAUUCGUCAGCUACUUCAGAUCAGUGUGGCUGAACGCUCGUGUGUGGCGCUGGCAGUGCUACCACACUGUGAGUGGUUUUGCAACGACUAAUAAUCCUUGUGAGGCAUAUAACGCCACGAUUAAGCGUGACGUCACGCUCAGGCGGAAGCAGAAGGUUGGCGCAUUGAUUGAUCAGCUCCUGAUCCUGUGUCGAGGUGAAAGUGUACGUGCUCGUGCUUUCACGCAAUCGCCCGGAGUUGACGACCGCAUGGUAAGACGCGCUAGAGCCCUUGCUCGAGCUGGGCUGCUGCGGGAAUUCACGCCCGAGCGCACCUCUAUUGCGUUCCUGCUUGGAUCCGAUUCGAAUGCAGCAAAUCACAUCGUUAGUGUCGUCGCAUCACCAGCAUCACGCGUGUUCAACCUACAUGAGCGCCGCUCUCGAGAAGACCUGCCAAUCUCCGCUCAGCUUGGCGCCGAGACAGCUCGAAUGGAGUUGAUGGGAAUGCCAGCAACCGGGUGGGAUGUGAACAUCAACUUGCGCUGCUGUCCUUGUCGGCUGUGGUUCAAAAUGGCGUGCUGCGUGCAUCUCCUGUAUGCUCUUGGCACUGUUGGAGGCGUUGACGGUGCGGGCCGCGACACGCUAGUCUAUCGCGGGAGCAACAAGCGCAAACGCGGGGGAGUGCCUGGGCAAGCCGCAGGAAGGCCAAAAGUAAACGGGCCUGCAUUGUCAGUAGAAUAG